ACGAGAAGGACGUCAACACUAGUAAAAUGAAUACACUGUUCCUCUCCUUGCUGGUGGCUGUGGCUACGGCUGAGAGACUGCCUCUCUCCUACGACGCCCCUGCACCCCACACAUCCUCGCCCGUUCAGCAGAUCCCCAUCAUCCGCGAUGAGCGAGUCCAUCCUGCCGCUGACGGAACUUACAGCUUUGACGUUGAGACUGGGGAUGGCGUCGUCAGGAGCGAGUCUGGCGGUCCAGGUGGCGCUCAACAGGGAACCGUGAGCUUCACCUUCCCAGAUGGCCAAGUCUUCAAUCUCCAAUUCGUCGCCGAUGUUAACGGUUAUCAACCACAGUCGCCCUUCCUGCCCGUCGCCCCUGCAUUCCCCCACCCAAUUCCCGCCCACGCCCUCGAACAGAUCGAGCGUGGUCGACUUGAACUCGAAGCUCGCGCCCGCGAAGAACAACGUCAGUCAUCAAGCCAGGGACAAGCCGCACCUGCUCGCCACUAUGGUCAGCCUCAGUAAAGUGGCCUCCCACUGAACUCAAACGACAACCAUACAUUUGUUAUUGUAACAUCCUACUUUCCUUCGUUAAAAUGCUACUUGUGCAUAGAGUAACGAUUUGUUAUUUAUUUAUAUGUGAUACAUCUAUUUGUAAAUAAAUGUAAUUGCUAGUA